CCGACAUCAUCUCCACCGUUGAGUUUAAUUACUCUGGAGACCUUCUUGCAACAGGAGACAAAGGUGGCAGAGUUGUUAUUUUCCAACGGGAACAAGAGAUAAAACUAUUAAAUUAUGGAAAAUAAGUGAACGGGAUAAAAGAGCAGAAGGUUAUAACUUGAAAGAUGAAGAUGGACGACUUCGAGACCCAUUUAGAAUUACGGCACUACGGGUUCCAAUAUUGAAGCCCAUGGACCUUAUGGUAGAAGCAAGUCCACGACGAAUUUUUGCAAAUGCUCAUACAUAUCACAUAAAUUCCAUUUCAGUAAAUAGUGAUCAUGAAACAUAUCUCUCUGCAGAUGAUCUGAGAAUUAACCUAUGGCAUUUAGAAAUCACAGAUAGAAGCUUCAACAUUGUGGACAUCAAGCCAGCUAACAUGGAGGAGCUGACAGAAGUCAUCACUGCCGCAGAGUUCCACCCACACCAGUGCAAUGUAUUCGUCUACAGCAGCAGCAAGGGGACCAUCAGGCUGUGUGACAUGCGUUCCUCUGCCCUAUGUGACAGGCAUGCCAAGUUUUUUGAAGAGCCAGAAGAUCCCAGCAGUAGAUCCUUUUUCUCAGAAAUAAUCUCAUCUAUAUCUGAUGUCAAGUUCAGCCACAGUGGUCGAUACAUGAUGACCAGAGACUAUCUGUCGGUGAAAGUAUGGGACCUCAACAUGGAGGGCAGGCCUGUCGAGACCCACCAGGUACAUGAGUACCUACGAAGCAAGCUCUGCUCCUUGUAUGAGAAUGACUGCAUCUUUGACAAAUUCGAGUGCUGCUGGAAUGGUUCAGACAGUGCCAUUAUGACGGGGUCCUACAACAACUUCUUUAGAAUGUUUGAUAGAAACACUCGGAAGGAUGUUACACUGGAAGCCUCAAGAGAGAACAGCAAACCCCGAGCCAGCCUGAAGCCACGGAAAGUCUGUACAGGGGGUAAGAGAAAGAAAGACGAGAUAAGCGUGGACAGUUUGGACUUCAAUAAGAAGAUCCUGCACACAGCCUGGCACCCCAUGGAGAGCAUCAUUGCUGUAGCUGCCACCAAUAACUUGUAUAUAUUCCAGGACAAAAUUAAUUAAGGAAACUGACUGGAGGACCAAGUGUUGUCUUGCAUACCUAAGCCGGUCGUUUUCCUGUCAAAAAAAGGCAUUGUCCUCUCCAUUGAGAAUAGUGAUGCACUUCUACUUCCCUCAUAGACACAGGAGAAGAAGGGGUCUCAGCUGGAGUCUUGGGAGAGAUGAGUGCCGCUGCUGAAGGGAAAACCUACUCGAAGCUGAAUUGGUGGACUCUGCUCAAUAAAGGCCAUUACUCAAAUGUAUUUAUUUAAGUCUGAGCCUUCCUUUACAGUUUAUAGACCAAAAAACUAACAUCUGAGAGAGAAAAAAAAAAAGUCUCAUCAAAUCUCUCUCCAGCUCUUCCCUCUGUCUCUGCCAUCCAUCCCUGGGCCUUAUCCUGGACAUGGUGUAGCCACCACCCACGUUCCUCUCUGGCCAGUGGGCUGCAUCACCCACCGCUGGUGCGUGGUGCAUGGAUACGCCCGAGCAGGCUCAGGCAGCUCUACUCACCCACUGCACCUGCCAUCACACCUUCUGUGGAGCUACUUAAUAAACACAACACACUGUGAAGUGUUUUUAAACCCAAA